AUGGCUAGUGAUUGCAGUAAGUAUUUGUCUAACCUCGAACUUGGUCCUCUUCUCGCGAAGUUGCUGCCAGAGCUGGCGAGCACAUAUCGCAAGGAAGGACUCUACUUGCGUUGCUUGGCGAAGCUCAUGGGCUUCGUACUCAAACUUCAGAAUCCGACACCUGAAGCUGGAAUCGGUUUCCAUCAGUCGCAGGACGCUGCUCGAGAGCAUAUCGUUGCCAGCCUUGUUGUGGUUGAGUCCUUUGGCCAGCCCAUCGUUUAUGCCAGGCACGAGUAUUACGCUAGGAAGCGUCAACCAGCAUUCAAUCAGCAAGCGCAAGCAAACGUACUCGAAGCAGUCCCAGAGGCCGACAUCAUCGCUGUCGAUGUCACGGAGAACUUUGAGAUUGCAUCGGUCAUCGACAGGCUUCUUCGUCCGCCAGCCAGGCAUGCUGUCAUCGUAAACGACUUCUUCACGCGCUGA